CACACACACACUCUGUCUGUCUCUGAAACCCCGAGCAUCAUGAAGCUGACUCUCAGCCGCCUGGCUGCUUUUCUCGCCUCCUUCGGUCUUCUCAGCUUCGUGUGUCUGAUCGUGGCGAUUGGAAGUGAUUUCUGGUACAUCAUCGACACUUCGAAGAGAGAGAGCAACACGUCGGCAUCUCUCAGCUCUCACUCGGGACUCUGGAGGACCUGUAACUUUCAGCAUCAAUGCAAGCCUUUUAUUAACCCUUUCAGAAAUGGAGGAAACUUUACAGAUUCCCAAAGACAUAUACUAAACAUGCAGGCGACGUUCAUCGUGCUGCUGCCUGUCAGCGUGAUCGUCCUCUUUUUCGGAGGGAUGAUGGGCGUCAUGAGCAUUCUGGCUCGGGCACAUCGUCUUCUCCUGGCCACUGGAUUGCUUCUCCUCAGCGGCACUGUGAUUACAUUAACGGGCAUCUGCGUGUACGUGGCCUACUCUGCAGCUGUCUUCCAAGAGGCCGUGUGUAAAUCUGGACGCAAGAUUCUGGAAGACAUCGACAUCUAUUUUGGAUGGUCUCUGGCCUUUGCUGCCAUUUCCUUCAUUACGGAGCUCAUCACAGCCAUCACGUUUCUGCUCACUUCAGCACGCCUGGGCCAGCUCAUGCGCCAAGACCAGGACAGGUGCUUGGAAGAAUAAGCUGCAUGGAGGACGUAUGCGUCUGUUUUAUUGGGUACAGCAUUUUUGUAAGUGCGUAAAUAAAUCUUUUAUAUGAUCGGAACUGAAGCCGUAUUGAGCUGACGGGAAUAAAGGUUUCAAUUCCGGGAGAAAGGCUGUAAUUGUUCAGUCACGAUGAUGGAGAAAGAUGCGGCAGCAGAUUGCUGUGGAGGAUAACGAGAUUAUUGUACUGUAAUGUAAUCGAAUCAAAUGCCUGCUAAAUAAAGUCUCUGUAAUGUCACUUCAUAACAUUUCAGGCUAAUUACUGACACAGAACUAUGGUUUUCUUGGGGCUGAUUAGAUUUACUGGUGUCUCCUAGCGUUUCAAAAUCUUUACAUAUUCAUUAUGAUUAGAAUAAAUAAAUGGUAAUUAAUACAAAGUGAGUCCAUGUUUACAAAUCCUGCCAAAUGAUGUAAUUUUGUACGAUUUAAUACUGCCAGUGUUCACCAGGAAACCUGUGCCACUUCAUUAGUGCGAUGAUGUGUGAUCUGUAUGAACACAAGCUAUUAGAUAAAAUAUAGCGCUUGUUAAAUAUGAUCUUAUGUUAUAGUGGUGUAUUUGUACGGUUAAUAAUUUCAGUGAUUUCACCAUUACAACACUGUGUAUAUUGUGCUUGACAAUUUGAUACAGCAGUCAGUGAAUAUACACUAUAUUGGCAAAAGUUUUGGGACACCCCUCCAAUUCAUUGAAUUGUUAUUUUUCAGGAGUUGGGUUCGGACCCUUAGUUCCAGUGAAUGGAACUCUUAAUGUUUCAGCUUCAUACCAAGGCAUUUUGGACAAUGUCAUGCUCCGAACUUUGUGGCCUUCUCGUCCAACAUCUGUGCCUGACCUCACAAAUGCUUUUCUAGUGGAAUGGUCAAAAAUUCCCCUAAACACACUCCUAAACCUUGUGGAAAGCCUUCCCAGAAGAGUUGAAGCUGUUAUAGCUGUAAAGGGCGGGACAACUCCAUAUUACAUUCAUGUGCAGGUAAAGACAGACGUCCCAGUUUUGGUCUGGCUCACAGUCUCCGCUCUAAUUCAUCCCAAAGGUGUUCUAUGGGGUUGAGGUCAGGACUCUGUGCAGGACAGUCAAGUUCCUGCACACCAAACUCCCUCAUCCAUGUCUUUAUGGACCUUGCUUUGGUCACUGGUGUGCAGUCAUGUUGGAACAGGAAGGGGUCAUCCCCAAACUGUUCCCACAAAGUUGGAAUGCUGAAACAUUAAGAGUUCCUUUUACCGGAACUAAGAGAAACAACAUCCAAAUUCAGUGAUUUAGAGGGGUGUCCCAAAACUUUUGCCAAUAUAGGGUAUAUCAUAGUAGUAGAUUAUAUUGUAUUAAAGACCUUACCUCAUCUGACUAGUGCAACUAUUUCUCACUUCUUCCAUUACUUUAUUGUCCUAUGGUAUGAUGUAAAAAAGAAAAAAAAAGAAAAAAGGAUUUUACGUGAAUUUUUUAAAUCUGAUUUUUUUCAAGGUUUUUUUUAUCUGUAACUUGAUAUACUGUGUGUUUGUUCUGUUUGUGUGUGAACAGAAAAGGAAAACAUUUUUAUCAAGUUUGUUUGUGAGAAUUUUGGACUC